UCUUUGGCCCCAAUUAGAAUAAACCCUAAUUUUCUCUAUCGUGUCUCCCGUCGUUUUCUCUCUGGGAAGGGAUCAGGAACUCGGGAGAGUGUGAUUCGUCUCUCCACUCUGGUUUUUCCUCGGAUUCUCUCUUCGACUGUGUUUCUUGUAGUGUUUCGGCGGCGAGAGACGUAGAUCGGACAUGGCGGCUGAUAAUACGGGCGCGAAGUCGGGCUCCGCGGCUGAUUCUUACAUCGGGAGCUUGAUUAGCUUGACAUCGAAGAGCGAGAUCAGAUAUGAAGGGAUUCUGUACAACAUUAAUACGGAUGAAUCAAGUAUCGGACUGCAAAAUGUUCGAUCAUUUGGAACUGAAGGGAGAAAAAAGGAUGGUCCGCAAAUUCCAGCAAGUGAAAAAGUUUAUGAGUACAUAUUGUUCCGGGGAAGUGACAUCAAGGAUUUGCAAGUCAAAGCCUCUCCACCUGUUCAGUCCACACCAACUAUAAACAAUGACCCUGCUAUAAUUCAGUCUCACUAUCCUCGUCCGAUGCCAACAUCUAGCAGCUUGCCUUCUGCUGCGAGUGGUUCGCCAGCUGACAUUAAUUCCCAUAGCGCACAAGUACAACAUGGGAUAGGAUUUCAAGGUGGCUUGCCUUUGUAUCCACCUGGUGGAAAUCUUGGGUCAUGGGGGGCAUCACCACAACCGCCAAUGUAUUGGCAAGGAUACUAUAACCCCCCUCCAAAUGGUCUUCCCCAAUUGCAUCAGCAAUCUCUCCUUCGACCCCCUCCUGGACUGUCAAUGUCUACUCUGCAGCAACCCCUGCAAUUCCCUAACUUUAGUACCACUCUGCCCGGCUCCUCUAAUCUGCAGGGUCCGAGCUUGCCAGAAGCACCUGCUUCGCUGCUUACUCUGAGUACUAGUUCUCCAAGUUUAGCACCCACUUCAUUAUCUACCUCUGCAUUGCCACCCGUGCUAUCAUCAUCACUGCCAGCCAUGCUGUCUUCAGCUCUGCCAUUGUCAUCUUCCCUGCCGUCGAUGCUACCAUCGGCUCCAUCUGCUUCAUUAGCUUCAGAGAUAUCACCUAGUUUAUUGGCUGAAAAAGCUCCCGUUGCUGCUCCCCAUACCCUAACUCAGGACACAAGUUUGCCACUCCUUUCUCUUUCAACUACUGCAGUUACUGAUUCAUUUGCUGGCCUGCUACCGAUUUCUAGCAAAUCUAGUGUAGUUCCUGGUUCAAUAAAUCUGUCUCAGAAGACAUCUGUGUCUGCUGCUCCUGCUGUUGGGGCUUCUACUUCCAUAAGCCAAGAUAAGCCGAAACCUUCUUUAAUUACUCCAGGUCAGCUGUUGCAGUCUGGAUCAGCUGCAGUCACUUUGUCUCCACCAUCUCAAACUACAGACAGGGAUGUGGAGGUGGUUCAAAUAUCAUCAUCAUCUGCAUUGGAACAACCUGUUCCAAUUACGACAGAGACACAGACACAACCUGCGAUAUUGCCAUUGCCUGCUCCUGCAAGGCCAAUUCAGAAGCCAAAUGGGCCGUCUUUUCAUAAUCAUAAUGGUUACAGGGGACGUGGAAGAGGAAGAGGCAGAGGAGCUGGGAGAUCACACCAGGUAAUGAAGUUUACGGAAGAUUUUGAUUUCACCGCAAUGAAUGAAAAGUUCAACAAGGAUGAAGUCUGGGGACAUCUUGGCAAGAGUAGCAAAGGAGAUGGGAAAGAUGCUGAGGGAGAUGAUUCUGUAGAAGAAGAAAACGCUGAGUUGCCUAAGAUCGAGGUCAAGCCCGUUUACAAUAAAGACGACUUCUUCGAUUCACUCUCGUCUAACGCUCUUGACCGGGAAUCACAAAAUGGAAGACCUAGGUUCUCAGAGCUGAGGAAACUGGAUACUGAGACGUUUGGUGAGUUCUCACGAUAUAGAGGUGGACGAGGCUAUGGACGUGGCGGUGGUCGUUCACGAGGUGGUUACGGUUAUGGAGGAGGACGUGGGUACGGAUAUGGAGGAGGAGGAGGAGGGCGUGGGUAUGGAGGAUAUGGAGGGGGAGGAGGGCGUGGACAGGGGAGAGGCCCAUCCAAUCGCACUUCCUAGAAGCAGUUUGCUUUUAUGGGUAAAGAAAAUGUGAUCGAAUUCUCGUUCAGAAGGAAUCGGACGCAAAGUCUGGGGGGGGGGGCUCU